CGGAAUACCCGGUGGUGCUGGAGGGUGCCGGGCGCGGUGGCUCUGGCGUCGGUGUACAAAUGAACAAUAUUUUUAUAGUGUUUUGUAAGAAUUUGUUUUAAUCGUCACGCGAAGUACCUGAAAAGAGAUUGUUAAGUUUUGUAAAGUAUGAACAUAGAUAUAAUGCGAUAGUGCUAUUGUGAUGUUACCUGAGCAAAAGGAGAGCAAGCGUUGAGCUGAGCGCGCCCGAGCCCCAUCGCCAUGUUGAGCGUGCAAGCCAUGAUCCACCGCCAGGAGGCCGCCACGCCCCUGCGCAAGCCGGACAAGGCCUCCAACCGGCCCGACUCCAGCGGCAGCGGCAAGGGCAGGAACAAGCGCAAGGCCGGCAAGAAGAAGCGCGACGCGGCGGCGGGCGGCGACGACGCCAUCGGGGACAUCUUCGGCGAGGUGCGGCCGCCGCCGCCAGGCAAGGGCGAGGCGGAGGGCCGCGCUGUGGUGGCGCGAGAGUGGCUGCUGCUGCGGAACACGGAGGCGGAGCCGCAGGGGAGGCUCCCCGCCGCUCUCGCGGGGGACGCAGACGCUGGUCGUCGCAGGGCGGACCCCGGCCACAGCCACGUCCCCAUCAGGAAGAAGGAUUCUCGGGCGGGGAAAAGCAAAAAGGACGCCAACGGGAACGUAAGGAUACUCAAGGAUUCCAAAAGCUGCGGUGAAGAUGCGGCGGCCACGGCGCCCGCGGACAUGACCGCGAGGGGCAGCGUGGGUACAGGAGGAGAAGCCCGCGAAGACGCGAGCAGGACGGCGCAGGGGAGAGAGGCUUCGUUCUUGGCCGAGGGCGCAGGGCGGCUCCAUUCGCAGCUGGACCCCGCAGACGGCACGCCCACGAAGGAGGUGGUAAUCAUAGACAAGCGACAGCCGCAGGAGAGCGCGAGGAAGAGCCGUCACGGGGCGGCGGACGCGCCCUCCGACAAGAAGGAGCGGCGGGCCGGCGUCGGCAAGAGCUCGAGCGUGAAGCGCCACAGUUCCGGCCGGAGCACGGGGUCGGAGGGGAGCACGCUGAGGAGGCUGCGGGGGCGGACCACGCAGCGCAGCAGCGCCGCCACGCAGACACCGCCAGGGUCGCACACGGACCUCCACAAGUGCGCGCCGCCGCCUGACAACCGGCGGGGUUCCUACAGGAGCCACGAGGUGCCGGGGGCGCACAGCGCAGAGCACAAGCCACACGAGGAGCCGCCACGUCGAGACAUCUCCGUGGGCAUCCCCGGGGCCUCGCUCUUGCUCAAGCUGGUCAUGCCGCGAGACAAGCGCUUGAGCAGGCACUCCGGGGGCUCGCCCUCCAGGGACAUGCCACCCACCGCCUCCCCUGCCGUGGCUCGGACGCCCGCGUCGCCUCCCCUGCCGUGGUUCUGGCCGCCUCUCCGUCACGUGGAGGCCGCCAACCCUGCGCACCCGAUGCCUCCGCUGACGCAGUCGAACUGGUCGCCUGUCAUGGAACGCGUCGUGCCCUUCCCUCCGAGGGCGGCGCCGCCCGUGCCGCGGCCGAUUCAGGGCGACCAGCUGAGUGUGUCCAGCAUGAACAGCAGCCUCGCCGGCCACACGUAUGAGCAGGUCAACUUCGUCAUAGAGCCUCCCAUCUCAGAGGGAAGGGAAAACGAGUACGAACUCGAUAACGUGGGCGCGCGAGGGGAGGCCUUUCCUUCUGGCAUACACGAAAAAAGUUCCUUUCGGGAGAACACGCCCGAAUUCCUGCGGCCGAUGACCCCCCCGUGGCAAGACUCGGCCCUAGGAUCAAGAAGGCGUCCAAGCGACGGCCAGUGUUGGCCAGAUCCACUGGAAAAAACAGCAAGACAACCCAAUGUUAUCCCAGGUCAAGACUCGGUCCAGGCAUCGGGGAGGCGACGGCCCUCGAGCAAAAGGAAGCGGAAAAAAUCACGGUCUGCGGCGACCACAACAGACGAUUCUUUAGUCAGCAACAGUGGCUUUCAGCAGGAUCUCCAUCUAAUGAAGGAGGACAGCGUAGAGCGCUUGGGAAGGCGGGGAUCCUGGGAGGAAGUCAGGAGGGUUCCGCCGGCGUUGUCUUAUAACCGCAGAAGCAGUUCUUCCACCAUACCCGAAGAGGCCCGCCCUCCCGUCACAAGUGCGAGUGGCAGAAGCAGUGGUUUGCGAGGCACGCACACCCUAACCAUAGACAAACCUCUAACGGUGGUAGUCAGUGAGGAUAAUUUGCAGAUGACGAGCUCUGUCUCGGUAAGCUUACCCAUCUAUCAUAACGCCUCCUCCUGUGAUGAUGACUCGGGUCCAUGUGAAGCGCCCAGAGAACUAGCAGAACCAACAGCAACAAAAGACGUAAAAAUCAUACACAGGCUGCUGGAUAUUGUAAAUCAGGAACAAGCGAAGGUCACUCACUCGCCGCCGGGCCAGAGGAACAACGUUCGCCGCCGCGGCCUUUACGUCCCUCUCGAUCCCCUUCGUGAGCAGCCAGGAAGCCUCGGAGCUUCGUUUGUCGGACCAGGGCUCACUGAGCUCCUCCUGUAUUAGGUAUACUGUUACUCCACAGCCGUCCGAUUCUUGUGUGGACCUUGAGAGCUCCUCUCUGUCUUGUUUGGAAUUAGACAGCAGCUUGGAGCCAUUUGUCCCACCCAACCUAGAGCGUGAAGAUAGUGAACAGUCAUUUGUAGUGCUCGGGGGCUCUCCGUUAUCUCUGGGAGGCCGUGGAGGCACUCCACAAUCCCUUGGUGGACGUGAGAGCACUCCGCAGUCUGUGGGAGGUCGUGAGGGCACUCCACAAUCACUUGGUGGCCGUGAGGGCACUCCACAAUCUCUUGGAGGGCGUGAAGGUACUCCGCAGUCUAUAGGAGGGCGCGGUGGAACUCCACAGUCUCUCGGCGGACGUGGAGACAGCCCACCGUCCUGCACCGAGGGAUCGAAAGCCCCAAGCCUGUAUGCGAAGCGUCUUGGAGCGUCCGAGCCCUACUUGAAUCGCCGGGGCAGCCUCAAGACGUAUGUGGACCUCAAAGCCCCUCUGAAUCGAGAGGCCGGCCAGGGAGAGGACGAGAAGCCUCGAAGUGACAUGUCACUGGAGGAGAAAGUGGAGAGCUUGGAAGCGUCGCAAGGGCGGCGGUCGUGGGAUCGCCGGGACCAACUCCAGUGUCCACUUCAUGGGACCGCCAUUCCUUAUCAGGUUGGCACCGCGGCUGCGCUACAACGCCGGCGCUUUCGCCGCGCCUCGCUCCCUGCACAGGUCAACCCCGAGCCGCGCCCAUCCCUCCUGCAGCGGAUAAAGAGAUCGCUGAAGAGAAACAAGCAUCCCGAUGUACUGCCGGAUGAGUUCCCGUUCGGAAUGAGCUUCGAGCGCCGGCUCUCGGAGAUCCUGCCGCCGCCGGUGCUGGAGUCCCCCCAGCCCCCGCCAGGGGUCGCUUGCUCGUGCCCUGACCCCGUCGAGGACUUCAGGCGCUUUCGGCCCCGCGUGGGGUCGCUGGCGUCGGCGGGCAGCAGCGACGAAGAGGACAAGACGCAGCGGCCGCCCACGCCACAGGAUGGAUGUGAGCGAUGGCGUUUGGAGGGCGAGGUGUGCCGCCUUCAGGAGGCGCUCGGGCAACGCCUGGGUACUCCUGCUAUGAUGGUGCGGCGCCGUGAUCACCGUCUGCACACUAUCAACACAAUUGAGAAGACCAUCCAGCGCUUGCAGCAGGACGCCGUCAGGAACCACAACAACCAGAACAACCAGAAUCACUUGCAAGACCAACAGAGAGGUUCUUCACCUGUGGAACACCCUUCAGACAUCAUGGAUGCUGUGAAUGCUAACCAGGCUCCCGAUGAGGAUGGCACAACAGAGGAUAUCAGUGAGAUCCGGGAGUUGGAUUCACUGCAGUCAGAUACGCUGACUAUCCACUCAGCAGAUGGCGUUAGCCAAGGCAAGGGCAGGACAACUGCCGCAGGCCAGCAGGAUGCCGACAAGGCAGAAUGCACUCGUGAGAAGCUGUUCCAACCUCACCAGAUUCCUACAGGGAAAAUGCCACCAGCCAUUGAGGCAGUUCUGAGGGGGACGUGGCCAUUUGAGAAGGCACUAUGGCACUCGAGCCCUGCUUCCAUGGGCAUGCCCUUCAAGAAUAAUAAUCAGGAGGUGCCUGGCAUUAUGGCAACAUCUAGUGUAACAAAUAGACGAGCGCAGAGCACGCAGCAGCUUCUUACAAAUAAGGUUGAAAUGGUCUAUGGCCUUUUGUCCAUGUUCUCCUCGAGUGACAGAGAUGACAUGAGCCGUACUCUUCUGGCUAUGUCCUCCUCCCCAGACUCCUGUGUGGCCAUGAGGCAGUCGGGAUGUCUACCCUUACUUAUACAGCUGUUGCAUGGAUGUGAUGGAGACGUUCCGCCCACAAGAGAGACGCGGCUAAGAGCAGCACAAGCCCUUCACAACAUCGUCCAUUCUCAUCCAGAUGACAAGCGUGGACGAAGGGAAGCUAGGGUACUUAGACUCCUAGAGCAGAUUCGGGACUACUCAGACUACUUGUACGAGCGUCUGGAGCGCACAAGUGCAGGCCGUGGCCCCCUGCUGGAGGAUGACAUGGACCGGCACCCUUGUCCUGCAAUGGCUGCGCUCAUGAAGCUCUCGUUUGAUGAGGACCACCGGCAUGCUAUGUGCUCACUUGGGGGCCUGCAUGCCAUUGCAGAGCUCAUAAGAAGAGACCAUGAUGGCCAUGGUUCUACUACAUCUGAUCAGUACUGCAUCACAUUGAGAAGAUAUGCAGGAAUGGCCCUAACAAACUUAACCUUUGGUGACGGAACCAACAAGGCUUUGUUGUGUUCCUUCCGGUCAUUCCUGCGAGCGCUUGUGUCACAGCUACAUUCACCGAGUGAGGAUCUGAGACAGGUUACAGCAAGUGUGCUACGUAACCUAUCAUGGAGAGCAGAUGGAGGAAGCAAAGCAAGCCUGCGUGAUGUAGGAGCAGUUUCAAUUUUGAUGCAGGCAGCUCUCAGUGCUCGUAAGGAGUCUACUUUGAAGGUCAUUCUCUCAGCUGUCUGGAACUUGUCUGCUCACUGCAGCAUUAACAAGGCUGAAAUAUGUGCUGUGGAUGGAGCAUUAGCAUUUAUCUGCAGUACUCUUACCUACAAGUCUCAGUCUAAGACUCUAGCAAUCGUGGAGAACGGAGGAGGAAUACUCAGGAAUAUUUCUAGUCAUAUUGCUGUCAGAGAAGAUCUCAGGCAGGUGCUGAGAGAACAUAAUACUCUAAGCAUACUUUUAGGUCAACUACGUUCACCAAGCUUAACAGUUGUGAGCAAUGCCUGUGGAACUUUAUGGAACCUUUCAGCCAGGUGUUCACAGGACCAGCGCACAUUAUGGGAGCUUGGUGCUGUUCCUAUGUUACGAUCACUCAUUAAUUCAAAACACAAGAUGAUAUCAAUGGGGUCAAGUGCGGCACUGAAGAAUUUGCUACAAGCGAGGCCAGAGGGAAUGCCCUUGACUGAUCCUCGUCAUGGCAUGGGCCUCCCAUCCUUACAGGCUCGAAAGCAGAAAGCCUUAGAACAGGAGCUGGAUCCCUCCCUCUCAGAGACAUGUGACAACAUUGAAACCUCACCAAGAGCUUCACCAACCCAUCCACAAGGCAGUGAUCCACAUUUUUAUGGACAGCCUGGUGAUGGUCCACAGUAUUACCCAGGGGCACGGCCAAUGUUCCACUCCUUAGGGGCACAGUAUAACAAUGUCCUACGAUCUGAGAGCAGGGACUCGAUCUCUUCAACCCAUUCUGACAACUCCCAUGACCGAAUGCGGCAGUUGUUGAUGCGUCACCAAGCUGGCCGUGAGCCCCUUGUGGAGAAUGGAGGAAGGCCCUUGGAUGGCAGACCCCUUGAUCUAUCACUUCGGUCCAUGGCUCCUCCAUCCCAUGGUCUCCCAGACAUUGCAAGGAUGAGUCAGGAUGAAUUACAGAGACACUUGGACUCCCAAGAGUUCAAUGGAAGCGCUGAUGAGAUAUUUGCUUCUCGAGUUCGUAACAUGAAAGAUAUUUACAGUCAUCAGCCAGGGGAUUCAGGGCAGUUCCCUGACUCUACAGGGAGCAGCGGGAGCAUUCCCAGAAAUGGAGCAUUCCGUGGACAAGGCCCUCAGCCACCAUACAGCCCAACGGCAACUCGCCGGCGAUCGUCAAGCACAAGUGACGAAGAAAGAACUGGAAGUGGAAGGAACUUUGCCAAUGGACAACAACCCCAUAAUGAGGCCCAUUAUAACAUCUACAGUAAAUAUGUUAACUUUAGUAGAAAUCUUGCUGAAGUCAACAUUGAGAAUGAGUCGCAAAAAGAACCUCUUAAUUAUAGUUUGAAAUAUAAUGCUAGAAUAGCUUCAAAAACAUCUACUAAUGAAAGUAUUGCAAAUAUGUCUAAAACAGCAGAGCGACCAGAACCUCAGAUUGACAAUUAUGUUGGAGAAAGAAGAGAAACAAGGAAGACAGAAACCCAUAAAGAAGCUGACAGAGAACAAGAGGAUUUCACAGGGUACACUGAAACAGAUUUAGACCAGCCAACUAACUUCAGCCUAAGGUACUCCGAGGAACGUGACAGCGAUGAAGCUGCCUUGUACCGGCGCCCUCCAAAAGCUCCGCAAGAAACCCCAUCUCAGUUCUUCGAGCCUUCUGUUCAUGAUGAUUCUGUCAAGACCUACUGCACUGAGGGCACGCCCUACGAGACCCCCUACAACUUUUCCACUGCAACAUCUAUGACUGACCUCCGUGAGCCAGCCAUCAAGGAAGAGAUUGAGAGAGAGAAGUCUGUGUCUCCUGGUGAAGAGAAGAAGGAAAAGGAUCUGAAGGUUGAUGACCUCGAGAACAUUGAGGACUCCGAUGAUGCACGGGACACACUGGAGCCCCUUCCCUCUCAGACUGGCCUGCCUGUCAAGAGUGGUCUCAGCUCAGGCAUGAUGACACCUGACAAGCCCAUCACCUACUGUGUUGAAGGGACCCCAGUGUGCCUCUCAAGGUUCUCAUCCGUUUCUUCCUUAACAAGUGGAGAGAUCAAUGCCAAUAAUGACAGGGAUGGUCUGAUGGGCGACCUAUCUGAAGAUGGAGAGCAGAAGCCUGAAGUUGUGAGUCAGGAGAAGAAGGGUAGACUGCAAGAGCCAAGGAGGGAAGCCGAACAAGCUGACACAACCAGGGAUGGAAGUCACACUCCCUCCUCUCAGCAGCUGGAUAGACCUGAAGGCAAGAGUGUGCACUAUGAGGAAACGCCACUUAUGUUCUCGCGAGCCACUUCAGUCUCCUCACUGAGCAGCUUUGAGGUUCAAUCCAUCCAUGAUGAUCGCAGCUCUGUGGUCUCAGACUUCAGUCGGUUUACCAGUGGUGCCAUAUCUCCAAGUGAUCUGCCAGACUCCCCUAGUCAGACUGUUCCUCCUAGCCCCAAACGGUCUCGCCCACCAUCCCAACCAUUUAAGCCACCCCCCACUCAUACAGAGCCAAGAACAAGCACAGGUGUGUUCAGUGAGGCUCCCAAAGCCUGGGUGGAGGAGGGCACUCCCGUAGAAUUCUCUCGCGCCACUUCGCUCUCCUCGCUCACCAUUGAUGAUGAGCUCCCCCUCACUGUGGAUGUGGUUCCCAGGGACCGUCUUCGAGGUGAUGGCAAGGAUAGCAGUGAGAACACCGCGAGUGAAGGUUCCAGAGCGGCUUCACGGGGGUCACAGAGAGGGCUCCAGAUCCCUUGCUCCAACAUUCCAAGAUUCCAUACACAGAAACAUGAGCAGCUAGAGUCUGAGGUGCAUGGCGAGGAUGAGCCUAAGGACAAGAAAGACGAUGAAGUCGAGACCCGGUCCCGGGAGCACUCGCAGACCCGCUCAAGCACGCACUCAGACUCUGAGAGUGAGAACAUCCUGGCAGAGUGCAUCAGCUCAGGAAUGCCCACCAGCACACAACGUAGCAGCAAGCAAUAUAGUGGUCGGGGUCCCUCACGGAUUGGUAGGCCAGCAGCUGUCGCUGCCCCUAGGUCAAGCAUCCCAGUCGCCAAAGCCGCCAACCUGCCUACUCAGAUCCCAAGUGCCCCCACCCAUACCCAUGCCCAGCAGGGCAUUGGAGGUGGGGUUUGGGGAGGAGAUACUCUGCGUACCUACUGCACAGAGGACACACCUGCCAACAUCUCUCAUGCAGCUUCCAUCUCAGACCUGUCUCAGCUGUCAAUACCUGGUGAAGAAUCUAGCAAGGACCUGCAUGGCCCAAGCUUGCGUCCCAGUCUCAAUGACUCUGGUGAUAACUCCUCCGACAAUGACAACCUCUUGGAGCAGUGCAUUCAAUCUGCCAUGCCCAAGGCUCGUCCUGGUGCAAAGGUGAAGGAUGUUAAGAUUGCAGUGAAGCGUCAUGGAACAGGUCAUUUAUGCAGUCAUGGAGCUCCUCCUCCAACAGCCCCAGUUCUGCCAUCUCCAAGAAGGUCCCCUCAUCAUAGACCUGUACCAGUUGCCAGGGUCACUCCUGCUGUCAAGGUUGCUGGAACUCGAGUCUCACCACAUCCACCCAGUGGUAUUGAGGAUACCUCCAAGGAUCAAGUGCGGAUGUGGGCCACAGAGGGCACACCUGCAACUUUCUCUCGUGCAGAUUCCCUUUCCUCCUUGAGCUGUGAGGAUGAAAUGAACCGUGCCAGCCGGGAUCCUAGCCCUCGCACCCCACAGUCUCCUCGGGCAAGGACUCCCCAGUCACCACAGCCUCAGGCACAGACAACUCGACCAAGGACACCUCAGUCACCUCGCAUGCGAAGGUCUAGACAACAGCACAUGCAGCAGCGAGGGCAAGAGAUGGUUGAGGAAGAUGAAGAAGUACCAAAGCAGUUUGCUGUGGAAGGCACCCCAGGAGUAAUAUCUCGGCAUUCCUCACUAAGUUCGUUGGAAGGUGACAGUCCAGUCAUUCAGCCUCAAAAUGCACCACAAGCCACUGGAGUUCACAAAUAUGGAGUGGAAGAUACACCUGUCUGCUUCUCAAGAAACUCCUCUCUUAGCUCCCUGUCUGUUGACUCCUAUGGAGAGGAAACAACACCCACAGAACAGGCCUUACUGCAGCAAUGCAUCAGUCAAGGGAUGCCCAAAAGUAAAUCAGACUUAGAAGGCCGAAGGAAGCGUCGUGGAGGAUCACGCAUACCAGCCCCAUCUUCCCGAUCACCAGCACGUCUUGUACCUGGUGUCCCUAUGCAGAGACUCACUCUUUGUAGGGAACAACCAUCAUCCCCGUCAAAAAAUGUGGAGGCGACGGCGGCAGCUGUGGAGGAAGUGGAGACAGAUGCCGUCCUGUACACUCCGGACGCGGAGAGCUCGAAACUACGUACAGACUCGGAGCAGAGCGAGAAGAAUGAGAGGGCAUACAGACAUGUAAGUCAUACUGACCAUACAGAAAUUGAGUCUGUGAAGACAACAACAACUGCAGAAAUUUGUGAUCUCAAGAGUGAAGUAACAAGCGAGGGGAGUGCUGCUACAGUUGUGACCCAACCUUUGAGAAAGGAGGAAAAAUCACCUGUAGAACCUGAAGAGCAGCGUAUCAGUGAAGAGUCAGUGGAAGGCAUAGGAUCAUCUCCAGAGGAAAAACAAUCUUGGGAAGACCAAAGACGUUCUGGUGAUAAAUCAUCACCUUCUGAGGGAAGAGGGUCUGAUACCUCGGUAACAGCAUCCAUGUCUGAGUCAGGCUUAAUUGCAGUAGAAGCAAUGAAGGUAGCAAGAGCAGUUGCUGGAGAAGCAAAACUCAUGAGUAGUGAUGAAACAUCUCACAUGUCUCAUAGCAUAGCUAGUGCUGCUUCAGAUGCUUGUAUUGACAAUAUCAAGCCACCAUCAGCAAUGGGAAGUCUGGCUUCAAUGUCCAAUAGUCUCACAAGCAGUGCUGAGGAACGCCUGCCUCGCACUGGCAACCGUCGCUUAGAAUGCCGUCACACACGCCGUCUUCCUGAAAUGGUGCGGCGGGCACUUGGAGACCAGGACUAUGGCUCUAAUGAAAACAUGGCUAGUAUGGCAAGCUCUUGCCAUUCUAACUUAGAUAACAUCCCACCACCAUCCAUGCUUGAUGAUGAUAUGGAAAACUCAAUGAUCAGUGUAGCUUCCAUAACUUCUGAGGUAGCAGAACAACGUGAGUCACCGCCUUCUCCUCCUGUAGACCACACUGCACAGGUUGCUGCUCCUGCUCGCCAGCUGGCUGCUAUCUUCCGUCAGGAGGCCAUGAAUGCUGCAUCCACACUUACCUUGACAGGUGGAGAUGAAGCUUCAACCUACCAGGAAAUAACAGACAUCACUGAACAUGAAGAUACAGUUGGCCCUGCAAGUGACACAGAAAUGGCAGCAGAUGAAUUGCCUUCAGACAUCCCUGAUUUACCCCAAGAUGGCUUCUCUUCAACAUCUCAGUCUUCUCCCCACAGACUUGGCACACCCCGAUCUCGAAGACAGCAGGCAAAGGACAGGUUCCGGACCUUCACAAGAGGUGAUGGAGAAAUGUCUGAUGCAACACCAUCACAGGAUACAGAUCCGACUCUGGUAGAAGUUCUACCCUCAUCACCCUCUGUCACUCGAACACCAAAGCAGCGUCGCCAGGAUGAUUCUGAAAGAUUUAGAACUCGCACCAUAUCAACAGAUAGUACACUAACUAACACUCCUUCUGAUAUGGGUUCUAUUGAAGCAGAAAAAGAAAAAAUCAGUCCACGAAGAUCUCCAAAAGAGAGACGUCAACAAGACCCAAGUCGCUUCCAAACUCACACCAUUAGUGAGAGUCCAGCCACUCCAGAGACUGCCCAGGAAGCUGCAGGACUGAAAAUUGAAGAUUUAGAAGCACCAUCAUCACCGCCAAAGCUGCAGGGUAAACAGUCAUUUAGGCAGCGAAGGCAGGAGGAUCGGGAACGAUACCAAACAAGAACCAUUGACGUGCCAUUAUCCGACAUAACGCCAGAUGCUGAAGCACAGGCUGUAGCAGAUGAAGAUAAAGAAGGUGAUGGGACACUGGUUGAUUUCCAGGACAGUAAUGAGAUGCUUGAUUUAACAGCAGAACAACUAGAGGCAUUGCAGCAGGAUGCUAAUAUUGUAAUAUGUACCCUUAAUGAAACCAGGGAGGCUAUGACAAGUGAGUCAUCAGACCUUCUAAGUGAAGAAAAUAUAUUAGAUAUAGAAACGCUUAGCUUGAUAUCAAAUGAAGAUGAACUAGAUUUGAAAAAUUUUCUUAGGGAUGCAGAUGAAGACCCUCCUGAUAUGCAGCAGAUUCUGCGUCGGCCAAGAAUUGUGAAACCAGGAGAAGAGACACCAAGGCCCACAGAAGAGGAUGAUGGUGCUGGGAAAGGCAUUAGGGGUCGAAGAAAACCACUAUAUUCAAGUGCUCGUAAAUACAGUGCUACGCCUGCAAAAACUGCUGCUACAUCUGCUAGUCCAGCCAGAAUUAUUCCCGUGCGCUCUACCCCUGGUCGCCCUAGUUCUGCUUCCCCUGUAAAGCCAUCUUCCCCAAAGCUUCCACGGGCAACUAGGGCGUCAGCUUUGCGACAGACUUCCAACAUCCAGAGAGGAGGUAGCAGUGGGGAGGAAAGCCCAACUGGGAGGGCCACAGGCUCUUCAGCAGGCAGCAGUGCAGGUUCUAGUCCCCGUUUAGGGCCUGCUGGGAGAGGCACAAUCACUCGACCAGCACGUUCUAAAUCCUUAGCAAGACCUGGCCCUGAUCCUCCGAGACCUUUGCGUCGUCAGAACACAUUUACAAAGGAUGAUAGUGAUACACCCUUAAGUCCAGAAAGAACAGUGCAAGUUGAGAGUAAAAAAGCAGCUGCACCUAUCCGUGGUAUCUCCAAACCAAGGAUAAGGAGGGACACUGUACAACCAAGCCCUUCAGUCCGUACUGCUAUUCCAAAGAGUGGAAGUCAGGACUUGAGUCCAACAAAGGGCCGCCCUCCACAGCCAAAGUCAACAAGCUUAACGCGUGAUGCCCGUCCACCAACGUCUAGUGACAUGGCUGAGUGGCGUCCAGAUUCAAAAAAAACUGUCAAGAAGGAGGUAACUAGUCGCAUUGCUAAUUUAUGGAAGAAAGUGGAACGAGCACAAUCCAAACCAAAAGAUGAAAAGAAGGAUGGACGUGUUUGGAUAUCACGGCCAAAAUCAGCGGCAAAGGAAACUCCUCCUCGACCACUUGUGAGGAGUUCCACUUAUGAAAAAUUACCAGGUGUAGAGAGUUCCAGUGCAAGCAGUGACACGGGAAAGAGUAGAACUCGCUUAGGUCUUAAAUUAGCAAAGUUAAGAGGUCGUGACACCAGGUCCUCUCCACCAUCAGAGGCCACCACACCUGUAGAUUCACGUCCACAUUGCUUAGUCAGCCCAACUCGUUCAAGAAUGGCAGAAGUUCAUGUGCGACAGUCAGAAACAGUACAACUUCGACAAAGACCAGCUACUCACCCUCCAGCUGUUGGACAAGGGGAGGAGGACAGUGAAGCCCGGGCCAAGAGAUUGUCUCGACUCGGUUCCUUCAUUGUGGUGGAGGAAGAUGGAAGAGUGAGAUCCCCACCACAGUCUGCCAUUGUUCCACCAUUCAAUUAUCAGCCUCCAGUUGCACCAAGAGUUCGAUCCGCAGUUGCGACUCGUAUACCUCAGCCUUCCAAAUCACUUCUUUCUAAUGCUCCUUGUGCCCGUGAUGACAAUGGAAAUGCCGCCGAUCCCUCGGUUGUGACGGGAGCCUGGCGGCCCUGACCCCAACCCCCGCGCCAGACACACAGUGCCCAAGAUCCCCAAACAAAUACCCAUGGGGCGCGGGGGAAAGUGACAACAGAGACACUGGGCUGUUGAGCCCCUGUGAUCCUUAAUAAUUUAUGUUCUCUUAUUUACCAACCAUGUGUUUAAGCUCCACAUAGCCAUAUAAUGUUGUUUGUAGGAGAUGGACAUUCUCUCUAGCUAGUGACUGGUGCCUGAUAAUAUACAGGAGAGAGGGCCUUUACUGCCUCAGUACCCCUAUGAGAGUUUUUUGUUCCAGCAAGUCAAACCAAGUUACGGGCUUUACUCACUAACAGCAGCCUGGCACAUGAGCUACCCAACCGUGUACAUAGACUGCCCAUACCAUUUUAGUCAUGCAUUUCAAUCCUUUACUUUUAAGUGGCUUGUGUAUAGAAGAUUUAUUUUUACUCAAUAUUUUAGUGCAUUUCUCUGCAUUUAGUGUUCUUAUACCUGAAAAUUAUCAGUAAAAUAAAAAGAAAGAUAAUCCCCAGAUCCAUCAGAUCAUAUUCCAGGUUUGUAUACUUUCCCAAAAUUUAUACAAAGAUGAACUUGAUUUCAAGCGGUGGCUUGUGUAAGCCAGGAGUGGAGAUAUACAAAACCUUACACUUUAUCAUGUUAUUUUACAGGAAGACUUAUAACAGCGUUUCCCUAUAGUGGCCAUCCAUGACAGCCCUCCAACUGUAAACCUCUGUUGGCAAAGCUUUAUGGUGCAUUUAUCAGUUUUUAUUGUUUUCUAUGGUCUUAAUUUCUAAUAAAUAAUUUAUUCAAGGUUUUAUGUGUUGAUUUCCUUUAUUUUCUGUUUUAGAUUUUUUUAAAUGCUCUCAUUGUAUUAAGAAAUUAAUUUUAUUUUGCAUUGCUUUUGUUUGUUUUAUGCAUUGAGGUCUUUCUAAGCACAGCUGAAGAUUUAAUACUCUAUGUACCAUCAGUGAGAAAAUAUUCAUGUAUACUAAUCACUGAAUAGAUCUCCAUCUUUAUGUAUCAUAUCCAGUACUGUAUUUUAUCUAUCAGCUUACAUACAGCUACUUUAUAGACUGAAGUGCUGGAUAGUAAUUGUGAAAGUCCAGUUAGUUUUUAUAGGUUACUUGAGACCAGAAACUGCAAGCUUUAGUGGUAGAACACAAGAAAAUCAAGUUCUUAAAUUGCAAAACAGAAUCAAAUACAUUUGCCUCUGGGAAAAAGAUGAAGCUAGCAUAUUGUUCUUGUAAGAUGUACACAUUAGAGAUUUUCUAAGUAAUAGUGGUAAUUAUAAGUGAAGUAAGCACAAUGAAUAGUCAAAUGGGCUUUAUGGUUUUAGCUUUCAACUAAAUAACUAGCAUUGUCCCUUGAUAAUAGAAAAAAGUUUAUAUGAAACUUGACCUGAGCUGGUUAUGCUACUCCAUCUAUUUUUCAUAAGUAUUUUAUCAUUAAGCUGUGUAAACAAUACCUCAUGUCAAAAUUUCUGAUUUUCUGGUAAAGAAAGGCAGGCACAGAAUGCACUGAGUCAGACUUAGGUGUGCAAUGCGUUCUGUAAUGAAAAGCCGUAUACAUUAUGUUGAUAAUGUAAUUAUAGGUAUAUUUGCAGAGCACAAGUACUCCCCAGAUUAUUAGAGCAGUAGAAGCUUGAGAUUUAAGAAGGGCUUUUUAAUGUGAAAUAUAAUGCUUCUUAUAUUUUAUUUUGCCCAGAACUUGAGAGAAUGGUAAUCAAGUAGCCUUCUGUUGCAAGAUCCAUUUUCAUCACAUGAAAUGAAUGCUCUCAGAAUGCUUUAAGGUCUACCAGAAGCAGUUCUGCUUAUGGUAGAGUCCUUUGCCAUGACAUCAGAUCUGCUUUGAAGAACUCUACAUCAGAGGCCUCUGGUGGUCUGGGGAGGUCAUUGCAGCUGCCACGUCGUCAGGGUCGUCUAGAGUAUAACUCCAGACUGGACUGCUGGAAGAGUGGGGCAACAGACUUUAAUGUCUGUAGACAACACUGUAAUGGCAAAAUGUGAAUAUUUUGUCCUUGUCCUUGUCUGAAAAUAAUUUAAAAUCAUGUUAUUAUCAUGCAUGCAUUUGUUAAGUAUAUGAAAUUUGUAGUCAACAUAAAUUUUCCCAUGUCCAUGACACUGCACAACACUUUUGUGCAGGUCUGUUAUAGUAAACAGUGUGAGUAAGUUUUCUGAGUGCAUUUACACAACCAGUCUCUGAUUUAUACAUAUACUGUACUGUAGCUUCUUUUUAUUUGUGUUUUGACAAUUGUGGUUGUAUAGGGAUACAGCUUGCAUGAUCCACUUCCUAACCAAAAGAUCUAAAAGGCUGUUUCAUGAAAUAUACAUAAUGAUCUCAUUACUCUGUAUAUCAUGGGAAAUAUUUUCUCAGACAUUAAUUGUUGGCAUGUUUUGUGGUGGUUUUAAGGCUUUUGUUCUGGGUGCUGGAUCUAAUGUACUCAUUCUCUUCAUCUGGGUACUGAAUGCAGUGAAUGGCCUCUCUCCUUCUUGUGGGUGCUGGAUACAGUGAACUGACUCUCCUUCUUGUCUCUGUAUGCAAUAUCCAACUUUUCUUCAUUAUCAUAUGAUUUAACAUAGUAUUAUGAUAAAUUAAAUACUUGUAUGUA